GUCUGAGCCGAGCCGUCGCGCCCGUGCGACACUCCUCUCUCGAGCCCGGCGUGGACAGGCAGGAGCGCUCAGGACAACGGAACGCGAACAAUGGGCUGGCACGAGCGGGGACGGCUCGUCUGCGCGUGUUUUCUCGGUUUUGUGCUCUCGGCGCAGAGCAUAACGCGGGAUGACCUUUUUCCCUUCGGUCCGAGCGCCGGGGAUCAGUUACUGGAACCGGGGAACGACCAGACGCAGCAGCUUCAACUGGACAGCCCGGUGUUUUUUUAUGAUGGUACCUUCGACAGCAUUUUUAUCAACACCAACGGCUUCAUCGCCACAGCAGAGCCCACGGACGAGUCCGGCUAUCUCAGCGACAUGCCCCCGGGUUUCGGCAUGAUCGCCGCUCUGCAAGGGGACCUGGACACGGGCGACGGCGUGGGGAAGGUCUUCUUCCGCCGCGACUCCAGCCCGGACCUCCUGCGCCGAGCGGCCGAGCACGUCCACCGGGCCUUCCCCCGGGACGACGAGGUCAGUCCCACCCACGCUGUGGUGGUCACCUGGGCCGACGUGGCCCCCCACGAGCCCCAGAGCAGAGGCGACAGCAUAGUGAAGAAGAGGAACACCUUCCAGCUGGUUAUCGCCUCUCUGAAGACUUCGUCCUAUGCCAUUGUCCUGUACCCUAGAGAUGGUAUUCAGUUCUCCUCCACGCCUGUGGGGGGCAGCAGCGCGGUCAUGCACGCUGGAUUCAACCAGGGUCCGGUCCGCUAUAUCUUUUUCGGAUAUAGAAACGGCCAAUACUACCGCACCACGACUGAUGACGAGGAGUCCGUCAGAGCUUUGGCAGAGGAGACCAACUCGGGCCUGCGCGGCGUCUGGGUGUAUGAGAUCGGGAUCUCGUCCAAUUUUGAAAACGUGGUGCCGGGGGAGGUCACCGAGCUGCCUCCAGAGGCUCCAGAGUCUCAGCCCGACGGGCGCGAGGAGUUCCCGGAGCCCGGGAGGCCCGUGCACGGCGACGGACAGCAAGUCACGUAUCCUCAGUAUGAGACAGAGGCCGGAGACAUCGACGCUCAGCCCGUUCAGUACCAGCCUGACAACCCACAGGUGAUACAGGUGGACCAGCCGGAUAUAAAAGUAAACGUGUUCUCGUACAACUUCGGGACGUGUGCGAACAACAGGAACAAGUGUUCCCAGUUCUCUGACUGCAAGGACUACUUCAACGGAUUCUGCUGUCACUGCAGGCCCGGCUUCUACGGGAACGGGCUACAGUGUGUGGCGGAGGGAAAGCCCCAAAGGAUGAACGGUAAAGUCAACGGGAGAGUGUUUGUGGGUAACUCCCCUUCCCCAGUCGAUUUCGGGGGCAACGACCUCCACUCGUAUGUCGUGGUGAACGAUGGGCGCUCCUACGUGGCCAUCAGUGACAUCCCGGCCUCCGUGGGGCCCUCGCUGCAGCCCCUCUCCGCCCUCGGAGGUGUGAUCGGGUGGGCGUUCGCGCUGGAGCAGCCGGGCUUCAAGAAUGGCUUCAGCAUCAUUGGGGGGGAGUUCACGCGGAAGGCUGAGGUGACCUUUCUGCCUGGCAACGAGAAGCUGACCAUCACGCAGGAGUUCAAAGGCAUCGACGAGCACGACCACCUGACCGUGAGCACCAGCCUGCAGGGCCGCGUCCCCGAGGUGCCUCAGGGUUCCACGGUGCAGAUCGAUCCUUACUCUGAGAUCUACCAGUACAGCAACAACUUGAUUACGUCGUCCUCCACCCGGGACUACGCGGUGAACCUCCCCGACGGCUCCACCGACACCCGGACGUACCAGUGGCGUCAGAGCAUCAGCUUCCAGAGCUGCCAGCACGACGAGUCCUCCAGGGAGGUGAAACCCACCCAGAUGCUCAGCGUGGACCAGGUCUUCGUUCUGUACGACGCUAACGACCAGCUCAUCCGCUACGCCGUGAGCAACAAGAUCGGGGACAUCAACGGGGGGCAGCCGGAGGAGAACCCGUGUUUCACGGGGAGGCACGGCUGUGACACCAACGCCGUGUGCCGGGCCGGAGAGGGAAACCAGUUCACCUGCCAAUGCGCUGCUGGCUUCAACGGCGAUGGCCGCAUAUGUUAUGACAUUGAUGAGUGCAGAGAAAAUCCGCAGACCUGUGGCUUUCAUGCGAUCUGCAACAACCAGCCUGGGACGUUCCGCUGUGAAUGUGAAGAGGGAUAUCAGUUCAGCAGUGAUGGGAGGACCUGUGUUGAGGUGAAGCGGCCCGUGGAUGCCUGUGAAGACGGCUCUCACACCUGUGACAUUCCUGGGCGCGCCCUGUGCAGCUACACCGGAGGCUCGUCCUACAUCUGCUCCUGCCUGCCAGGGUUCGUGGGAGACGGCAGAAUCUGUCAAGACGUAGACGAGUGCCAGCCGGGCAGGUGCCACCAGGACGCGGCGUGCUAUAACACUCAGGGAUCGUUCACCUGCCAGUGCAGGCCGGGUUACUACGGCGACGGGUUCUACUGCUCUCAAGAGCGGCCAAAAACACAGUGCGAGAUCCACAGAGAAAGUCUGGUGGGCGGGACCGACUAUGGUCCGAGAGGGCCCCGGCCUCCGGUUGGACAGUACGUCCCGACCUGCGACGACUACGGCGCCUACGCACCCAUGCAGUGCCACGGCGGCUCAGGAUACUGCUGGUGCGUGGACCAGAACGGGCAGGAGAUCCCUGGGACCCGCUCUGGGCCCGUCCCCGGACCCACGUGUUUGGAUCACAGCGUUGAACCGCCGCCCGUUGGACCCACACCUCGACCCAACGUCCACCCGGUGCCUCCAGGAACACACUUGUUGUUUUCUCAGAGCGGCAGAAUAGAGCACGUCCCAUUAGAAGAUUAUGGUAUGAACAAGGACCAGGCCAAGGCAGUGCUCCAUCUCCCUGAGAAGGUGAUCAUCGGGGUGGCCUACGACUGCGUGGACAAAGUGGUGUACUGGACCGAGAUCUCGUCUCCGUCCAUCAGCAAGGCCGGCAUCCAGGGAGGAGACCCGGUGGUGGUGAUCCGAUCGGACUUGGAAAGUCCGGAGGGAAUCGCCAUCGACCACCUGGGGCGGACCAUGUUCUGGACCGACUCCAUGAAGGACCGCAUCGAGGUGGCCUCGCUGGAUGGGUCGAUGCGUCGCACCAUCAUAGAGUCUGGCCUCGUCAACCCUCGCGCUAUCGUCACCGAUCCUCCCAACGGCAAGCUGUACUGGGCCGACUGGAACCGCGAGGCUCCCAAGAUUGAGACGGCUCACAUGGACGGGUCCGGCAGGCGGGUGCUGGUUAAGGAUGGUAUCAGCCUCCCGAACGGUCUGACCUACGACUCCCACAGCUCUCUGCUUUGCUGGGCGGAUGCAGGCACACAGAAAAUAGAGUGCGUGCAUCCCGAUCGCGGCGACCGCAGGCGGGUCAUGGAGGGGAUCCAGUACCCUUUUGGAAUGGCGUCCUUCGGGAACAGCAUCUACUACACCGACUGGCGCAGGGGAGCUGUGAUUGCCGUGGAUCGCUAUGCGGGGAAGGAGUCGGAGGAGUUCCAGCCUCAGAAACGGACCAAACUAUAUGGCAUUGCAACAGCCUACACACAAUGUCCUUCAGGACAGAACUACUGCGCUGUGAACAACGGGGGCUGCACCCACCUGUGUUUGGCGACCCCGACCGGGCGCUCCUGCAAGUGUCCCGCCAACGCGGUGGGCGUGGGCUGCGUGGAGACAGACAGCGGGUACUGAAACGGACGGGACACUGUUUGGGUGUUUGACAGCAGACGUAGGAGCCGCGCAGCGUGACUGAACUAGAGCUGCUGAACAUGCCACUGAAACGCAGAGUUGAACUUACUGUGCCUUCAUGUGCUCUUUUAACCUUAUCUACAUUUCCUAUAACGGCACGUUUCUUUCAGAUUUUGUAAAUAUAAACACGACUAUGUUGGCGUCUUACCCGUGUGCACAUAAACUCAAGGAUGCUCAAGGAACAUGGAAUUUAAUGUGAAAUCCAUCCCAGCGAAUAUGUUGUCAUCUCAUGUCAGCCAGCUUUACAUUUGUGUGACAUGUUUGGAUUAUUCAAUAUGUUUUAUUGGGAAACAGAAGAAAAAUGCAUUUACAGGCUGGUGGGAAGAGUUUACAUGCUGGGCAACAAAAUAAAAAAGCUCUACCAUGUU